GGGUGUGGCGCCGGGGUGGCAGCGCCGGAGCCCGGAACGCGCGUGUUCUGUGUCGCGAGCGCGCGAGGGAACGCGGGUCCCGGGAACCCCGGCGCCCUGUCCUCUUCCAUUGCGCUUCCCUGCCGUGUGUGGCACGGAGCUGGACAUGGAGCCGCAGCAGAGGUCCCCCUUGUUGGACGUGAAGGGGAACAUAGAGCUGAAGAGAGCCCUGGCCAAAGCCCCUUCCCGGCUCCCUCUCCCGGGAAGCAGGCUGAAGAGGGGUCCCGACCAGAUGGAGGAGGACUUGGAGCCUGAGAAGAAAAGGACACGAGGCCUGGGCACCAAAGUUGCCACGUCCCACCCCAGAGCAAUGGCCCUCACCACUGUGCCACAGACACAAGGCCAGACCGCAGUGCUGAAAAUUCCCAGGAAGACAGGACCCCGAUGUUCCACAGCUAUCGCCACAGUGUUGAAGAAUCAGAAGCCAGGCCCUGCUGUUCCUGCCCAGAAGCCUGGCACAACAGCUCCUCCUCCUGUGGUGGGAAGGAAGAAACCCAGCAAACGUCCGGCCUGGGACUUAAAGGGUCAGUUAUGUGACCUAAACGCAGAGCUGAAAUGCUGCCGUGAGAGGACCCAGAUGUUGGACCAGGAGAACCAACAGCUGCGGAACCAGCUCAGGGAGGCCCAGCAACAGGCCACGGCCCUGGGGGCAGAGCGCAGGACACUGGAAGAGGAGUUGGCCAGGAUGCGGGCCCAGGCUGAAAAGGGCCAACGGGAGCUGGGGAACCUGAGCGCCCAGGUCCUGGAGCUGGAAGAGCGGCUGGGCACGCAGGAGGGCUUAGUGCAAGAGCUCCAGAAAGAACAGCUGGAAUUGCAGGAGGAGCGGAGGGGACUGGCUGCCCUUCUGGAGGAGCAGGAGAGGAGGCUACAGGCAUCAGAAGCUGCUCUGUCGGGCAGCCAAGCGGAGGUGGCAUCCCUGCGCCAGGAGGCUGCGGCCCAGGCGGCCUUACUGGCUAAGCGGGAAGAACGUCUCCAUGGGCUCGAGAUGGAGCGCCGGCGGCUACACAACCAGCUGCAGGAACUCAAAGGCAAUGUCCGUGUCUUCUGCCGGGUCCGCCCCGUCCUUCCAGGGGAGUCCACCCCACCCCCUGGCUUCCUGCUAUUUCCCUCCGGCCCCAGCGGGCCCUCUGACCCUCCAACCCGACUCAGCCUCUCCCGGUCUGAUGAGCGGCGUGGGACCCUGAGUGGGGCGCCAGCCGCCCCCACCCGCCAUGACUUCUCCUUUGACCGGGUAUUCCCACCAGGGUGUGGACAGGAAGAAGUGUUUGAAGAGAUUUCCAUGCUUGUCCAGUCAGCCCUGGAUGGCUACCCAGUAUGCAUCUUUGCCUACGGCCAGACAGGCAGCGGCAAGACCUUCACCAUGGAGGGUGGGCCUGGGGGAGACCCCCAGGUGGAGGGGCUGAUCCCUCGGGCCCUGCGGCACCUCUUCUCUGUGGCCCAGGAGCUAAGUGGCCAGGGCUGGACCUACAGCUUUGUGGCAAGUUACGUAGAGAUCUACAACGAGACUGUCCGAGACCUGCUGGCCACUGGGACCCGGAAGGGCCAUGGGGGUGAGUGUGAGAUUCGCCGGGCAGGGCCGGGGAGCGAGGAGCUUACUGUCACCAACGCCCGAUAUGUUCCUGUCUCCUGUGAGAGAGAGGUGGAGGCCCUGCUCCAUCUGGCCCGCCAGAACCGGGCUGUGGCCCGCACAGCCCAGAAUGAACGAUCGUCGCGAAGUCACAGUGUGUUCCAGCUGCAGAUCUCUGGGGAGCAUGCUGGCCGAGGCCUGCAGUGCGCGGCCCCCCUCAGCCUUGUGGACCUGGCUGGGAGUGAGCGGCUAGACCCUGGCUUGGCCCUCGGCCCUGGGGAGCGGGAACGCCUUCGGGAAACGCAGGCCAUUAACAGCAGCCUGUCCACACUGGGGCUGGUCAUCAUGGCCUUGAGCAACAAGGAGUCCCACGUGCCUUACCGGAACAGCAAGCUGACCUACCUGCUGCAGAACUCUCUGGGCGGCAGCGCUAAGAUGCUCAUGUUUGUGAACAUUUCCCCCCUAGAAGAGAACGUCUCCGAGUCCCUCAACUCCCUACGCUUUGCCUCCAAGGUGCGGUCACUACCAGUCCCAUCCCUGUCAGGCCUCCUGGGAAUUAUAGGCUUCUCCACCCCUACCCUGCUGUCCUUCAGGCCAGGGGGCACGGUUCAUCCAGAAUGGAUGUACAUUUGCCAGGCAUCUGGGGCACUACCUACCUGGAUCCUUUUUUUUUUUUUUUUUUUUUAACUAUUGACUUUUGGGGGUUUUUAAUUAAGUUUUUAAAAAUAGGUAGUUGAAAGGUCAAAACUAUAUCAAUAGAAGGCUAUAUACAACAAGUGAGAUUUAACCACUGCCCCUGUCCCCAUUCUCCCCACUUGCCCUAGUAAUCAUUUUCAUCAUUUAUCAUUUUACUUAUCCUUCCAAUGUUUCUUUUUGCAAAUACAAGCAACAUGCAUGGGAUUUCCCUCCUUAUAUAAGACGUCUCUUCUCCCCCUCUCAUAUAUUAUGUCAUAUAUUAUGUUGUCCUGUGCUUUUUUCUUUUUUUUUUUUUUGAUUAACAAGACAGCCCCAGGAUUAUUCCCCACCAGCACAGAGAUGAUCCCAUUAUUUUUACAUCUGCCUAGGACUCCACUGUGUAGAUGCACCAAAGUUUAUCCACCAGUUCCCUCUACUGGACACUUGGAUUAUUUCCACCCUUUUACUAUUACAUACAAGGCCAUGUUGGCUAACCUUGUACAUUAUCAUUUUAUAUUUGUUUAGUUACAUCUAACUAUCUAGGGAGAGAGUCCUUGAAAUGGAAUUCCUGUAUCAGAGACGUACAGGUUUUUCACACUAUUCCAAAUAGUGUGAAUUUAGGCUCCAAUCCCCACGAAGAUCAGCUGUGUCCAUGGCCAUGAAUUCUCUAGGAGACUUAAGCUCCCUCUACUAGAGUUAAGUCAGGAUAUUUCUUUACUGUCUGCCUCCAGAGGGUAAUUUUUUCCUCUGGUUACUUGUUUUCCUGAGGGUAUAGUCCUAUGAUAUGUUCUGGCUUUAUUCAGGGUCUCUGAUCUUGUGUGCCCUUCUGCACUCUUGCUGCCAUGGUAGUAGUCAGCCACCUUAGCACCCUGCCCUGGUCUACUUUAAUCAGGAUUUCCCUUGCAGUCUUGCAAGUUCAAGUAAAGUUCUUUUUUUUUUUUUAGUUUAUUUAUUUUUGGCUGCUUUGGGUCUUCAUUGCUGCGCGUGGGCUUUCUCUGGUUGCGGCAAGCGGGGACCGCGCAGGCUUCUUAUUGCGGUGGCUUCUCAUGGGAGCAUGGGCUCUAGGUGCACGGGCUUCAGCAGUUGUAGCUCGCAGGCUCUAGGCGCACAGGCUUCAGUAGUUGUGGUGCAGGGGCUUAGUUGCUUUGCGGCAAGUGGGAUCUGCCCGGACCAGGCCUCAAACCCGUGUCCCCUGCGUUGGCAGGCGGAUUCUUAACCUCUGUACCCCCAGGGAAGUCCCCAAGUAAAGUUCUAUCAACAUCAUUAACACCCUACGACAUGAACUCUUUAAUAUCCUCUAAUACCCAGUUGAUGUUGAAUUUCCCUAUUGUCUCAGAAAUGCCUUUUAUACAUUAGGUUUGCUCUGUUCAGGAUCAAAGCAAGGGCCGCCCAUUUCAUUUGGUUGAAAUUGUCUCGAGUUUCUUUUUAAAUUUUUGUUUAUUUAUUUAUGGCUGCAUUGGGUCUUCGUUGCUGUGCACGGGCUUUCUCUAGCUGUGGUGAGCCGGGGCUACUCUUCAUUGCGGUGCGUGGGCUUCUCACUGUGGUGGCUUCUCUUGUUGCGGAGCACGGGAUCUAGAUGCACGGGCUUCAGUAGUUGUGGCACAUGGGCUUAGUUGCUCCACAGCACGUGGGAUCUUCCCGAGGAGUAGGGCUUGAACCUGUGUGCCCUGCAUUGGCAGGUGGAUUCUUAACCACUGCGCCACCAGAGAAGUCUGAGUUUCUUUUAAUCUAUAAUAAUCUCAUCCCCUUUUAUAGCAUUUAUUUGUUGAAGAAGUAGGGUCAUUUGUCCUAUAGAAUAUACCAUAUUCUAGAUUUUGGCUGGUUGCUUCCUCUUUCCUUCACAAUUUUUGUAGAUUUAGAGGCUUGAUUUGAAUCAGGUUUAAAUUUCUUAGGAAAAAACUUCAAUGGUGUGAUACGCUUUCUAUUGCAUCAUAUCAGGAGGCACCUAGUAUCUAGUUGUUCCACUUUUUUUCCCCCCUCCCCCUAAUUGUUCCACUUUUAAUGAUAUAAAAAUUGAUCAUUGGAUUUGGGUAUUGUCAGCCUGAUCUAUCCAUUUAAAAACUUCCUAUCAACUUUUUCCCCUAGUGAUUUUAUCAGUGAUGCUAUCUAGAUCUAUUAUUAGGGAGUUUUUAAAUGGUGAUUUUUUUUAAAUGGUGAUUUUCUAAUUUUCUCAGUUGUUCUACAUUUAUUAAUCACAAUUCUUCUAUAAAUAACUCCCCCAUGCCAUCUAUUUGGUUAUUCUGAAAUUCAGUCCAUACAGGUAAGAUGGAAUAAAUGCUAGAUUCUUUAUCAAUUUUCAGUAUUAUAAGUUGGUAUCUUGGCAACUUUCAAAGGUGAACAGUGAGUUUUUUAUCCAGGAGGUAACAUCUUACAGAUACUUGUACUUUUGGUAUAUAUCCUUUGCUGUCAUUAUUCUUUCUGAUGCUCAAAUUGCCCAUCUUUGGCCAGUGGAAGCUCCAACUUGGCUCCUGUGUCCUUUAGAUAGGUCCCCAGUAGUCUUUACUCCAGAUCUAUCUUGUACAUUUCCUCCCCUAGGCUCGGAAUCGUUAAUUUUCCAAGUAGCCUUGGUUCCUAAAUUUGUGUUGUUCUUGUUUUAUCUAGCUUAUUAAGCAUUAGUGUUGGGAGGGCUUUGGGGGUGUCUAGUCCGAGGUACUGCUAGAAACAGAAGCUCCUCUCUCUGCUCCUGUGUGGGGCUUUUGUCCCUUCUCAGGCCUUUCCUCCUCUUCCAGACCUAGAAUACCUAGUGGGCAUGGGAGAACUGAGACCAGCCUGAACCUCCUUUCAGAGCCCUUACUUUAGGAUUCUCUGAGGGCAGCCCUAAUAUUGGGGGUUGGGAGGUGAUUUGGAGAAAACUGUUCUUUUGGUUACUCUGAAGACUUUUUUUGUUUGUCUAAACCC